ACAAUUUUGUACCUAAAGUAAACAAAACAAGAAGCGCAUCAUUUUGGUGGAAGCUUCUUGAAAGUCUGCUCAGUCUAGCAUCAGCUUGUUCCAGGUUUUAGCAGGAAAGAUCCGCAAAUCACCACAUCAUGCCGAAAUAUUAUUGCGAUUAUUGCGACACGUACCUAACGCACGACUCUCCCAGCGUCCGGAAAACCCACUGCACCGGCAGAAAGCACAAGGAUAAUGUGAAAUUUUACUACCAAAAGUGGAUGGAGGAACAGGCACAACAUCUGAUCGAUGCGACUACAGCCGCUUUCAAGGCAGGAAAGAUUGCACAGAAUCCGUUCUCUGCCGGGCCUCCGAAACCGAACGUCGCCAUUCCGCCGCCUACAAUGGGAAUGCCUGCCAGACCAGGGAUGAUUCCCGGUAUGCCCGCCGGGGCGCCACCGCUGCUGAUGGGACCAGGGCCAAUGGGAAUGCGCCCUCCCAUGAUGAUGCCAAUGGGUAUGCCACCGAUGGGAAUGGGAAUGCGGCCUCCAAUGAUGAAUGCUCCUCCGCCCCAGAUGAAUCAGAAAGUGUAAGUACAUGCAGCUCGUCCAUGUAUAAUGUAUGCGUAGUCUUUUGUGUCCAGUAAUUUCUGAACAUCGUGUUACAAGUCUACAGUUAAUAUAAGUUCACUCCAAUAAA